AUGUUAAAACCAUAUUCAAGGAAAUAUGGUUUCCAAGGUAUGAAUAAUGUUUUGCAAGAAAAUAAUAUAGAAAUUGGACAAAUAGGCAAGGCGAAUGCGUGUUUCGUGGUUUUGACUCGAAGUAGUGAAUUAAAUGAGAUUAGAAGCACGAUGAGACAAAUUGAAGACAGGUUUAAUCGUAAAUAUAAUUAUCCCUAUGUAUUUUUAAACGAUGAGCCUUUUACGGAAGAAUUUAAAAAUUUCACAAAGGUUAUGACGAAAGCAAAAAUUGAGUAUGGAUUGGUUCCGAAAGAACAUUGGAGUAUACCAAAUCAUAUAGAUAUAGAGCUUGCUAAUGAAAGGAUGAGAGAAUUGGAAGAUAAUGGAGUUCCAUAUGGUGGUGCCUUGUCUUAUCAUCAUAUGUGCAGAAACACUAAGUUCACUUUAGCUUAUGAUCAUGCUUUAAUUAGAUUUUAUUCCGGAUUUUUCCAUCAUCAUGAAUUGAUAAAUAAUUAUGAUUAUUACUGGCGUCUUGAACCUGGUGUUGAAUAUUAUUGCGAUAUUGAUUUUGACCCAUUCAUUUAUAUGAAAGAGAACGAUAUUAAAUACGGUUUCACUUUGGUACCGCCUGAAUCAUUAAGUACUGUACCUACACUUUGGAGUACUAUGAAAGAAUUUAUGAUAAAACACCCACAUUUAAUUGAAAAUGAUACUUUAUUGGAAUAUUUAACUGAUGAUAGUGGUGACUAUAAUUUGUGCCAAUUUCAGUCAAAUUUCGAAAUUGCUGAUCUAAGUUUAUGGAGAGGUGAAGCAUAUACAAAAUUCUUUAAUUUUCUUGAAGAAAAAGGUGGAUUUUAUUAUGAAAGGUGGGGAGAUGCACCGGUUCAUACAAUUGCUACAGCUCUUUUCUUAAAGAAACAUCAGGUCCGUUUUUUCGAAGAAAUAGCUUAUCGUCAUGGUUCUAUUGCAAAUUGUCCUAAAGGAAAUAAGUUUCGAUAUAAAUGUCUUUGCAAUCCUGAUGAUAGUCUUGAAAAAUACCAUAAAAUUUCUAAGACAGAAAUUUAUAAAGACGGUUUAUAA